AUGGCGAAUCCCAAAUCUCACAUCUUCUCUCUCUCCUUAAUCGUCACUACCUCACUUUUUCUUCUUCUUCAUUUCCCCACCGUCUCCUUCGCUCAGACGCUCUUCGUCUUCGGCGAUGGUCUUUACGACGCCGGCAACAAACAGUUUCUCUCUUCGAAUCGCGUCGACGCUAGCUUCCCUCCGUAUGGAAUCACCAUAGGGAAGGCCACCGGACGGUGGUCCGAUGGUCGGAUCAUUCCCGACUAUCUCGCUGAUUUCAUGGGGAUCCCUCGUAUCCCUCCGAUUCUCCAAAACCCGGCCGAUUUCUCUCACGGUGCUAACUUCGCCGUCGCCGACGCCACCGUUCUCGGCUCUCCUCUCGAGACGAUGACUUUGUCACAACAAGUGAUAAAGUUCUUGGAAACUAAGAACAGAUGGGAAAAUCAAACACGUUCUGAAGCAAUCUACUUGUUCUACAUCGCCUCUGAUGAUUACUUGAGCUAUGCCAAGAACAAUCCGAAUCCAUCAGAUGACCAGAAACAAGCUUUUGUGGAUCAAGUCAUCACUGACAUAGAAGCACAGAUCAAGGUGGUUUACGGUUCAGGCGGGAGGAAAUUCGCGUUCCAGAACUUGGCACCGUUGGGUUGCUUACCGGCUGUGAAACAAGCUUAUGGAAACGUUCAAGAAUGUGUGAAACUGCCUUCGGAAUUGGCUGCUUUGCAUAACAAGAAGCUGAUUAAGCUCUUGGUUGAUCUUUCAAGACAGCUCAGUGGUUUCCAGUACUCGUUUUACGACUUCUUCAGCUCGAUCCAAAACAGAGUUAUCAAGUCAAAGAUUUACACAUUCGAGACAGGAACCGCUGCUUGUUGUGGAACUGGACCUGUCAAUGGAACCGGCUGCUCGACGAACAAUCUAUGCGCUAACAUUGAAGAUUAUGUCUUCUUCGAUGGUAAGCAUUUGACGCAAGAAGGGAACCUUCAGGUGGGGCAUUUGAUUUGGGGAGCUGACCCGGAAGUGGUUGGACCGAACAAUCUCAGAGAGCUUCUCGUCCUUCCUCUGGACGUUACAAUCAUCUUAGCUGACAUUCAGGAAGCUAUGGCUGCCAUUAGGAAGAGCCAGAACAAAAUUGAGAAUCUCUACGAUAUCACGAAGAUGGAGUCGGAGAUGGAGAAUCAAUGGGCUUAUCAAGUUAAAAAAGCUAGCUCCUUUCUGAUCUGA